AUGACAUUGAAAAAAGUAUAUGGAAGCUUUAAUCAAACUAAGGAUAUCGAAAAAACACAACAGUAUUGUUUUGAAUGUCAAAUUGAAGCAGUGGGAGAUUAUGAAAAGAUAUCUGAAAGCGGGAUUGCAGAAGACUGGGCCAUCCUCUCAUUUGAAAACUAUAUGGAGUAUGGUUCUCCAAACUAUUUAAUACCAUCCCCAUCUCAGGUAUUAAAGGUGAAUCCGCAAAAUUCAGAAACCAUUCCAGAUAAUUAUUCUUGCUUUGUAUUUGGGCUUUCCAUUCCUUCACCAUACAUGAAAUCUGAUAUUGAAAAGUGUAAAGAUACUGGAGUUCCAUAUGAACAGAUACUGAGAUUGAUUCCUGACACUCAGUUUUCUAUGAGUUUAGGAUGGCUAUCUGACAAGAGAAUAUCAGAUUUCAUCAUUCCCCAUUUUGUAAAUACCUGCUCCUCAAACUCUGGAUCACCCUUAUUAACUUGUAAUAUUACUGUUUCUGAUGUUAUGAGAUUGCCUGUUAAUGAUCCUCUUCAAAAACCUCAAAAUGUGAGAGAUUUCAUUAAGAGCCAAACUUUUAACAAUAAGGUCAUUGGAAUUCAUUGUUCUCACAACGAAGAAAUCAAUUAUGCUUGCUCUGUAUUGAAAUGGUUUCUGCCAUACUACCAAAUUGUCUUUUCUCAAAACAGAGAAAGAUUUACGGAGGACGAUGUUGAAAUGAUUGAGAAUGAAUAUGUGGAAUAUCAAAACAGUCAAUUUAAUUAA